CAAAACACACACACGUCCCGUCCCCCCCCUCCUCCGGAUCGGAAAAGUCCAUGCCUAAGUUUCAGCUUAGAUCUGACAGAUAAAACGAGGGACAGGAGUCCGGAGAAAGCAGCCGUCAUGCGAUUUUGGGGGGGUGGGGGAUUCUCGCCUUGUGCAAGGAAAUCAGAGUCACCUUGUGUCGUCGCCCCAGGGGGCUGAACGGCUGGCGCAGACGGGACGGAUGGAGUGAUCUGGUUAGGUGUUCGGCGGAAACGAAAACAGACCCCCCGCACUCCCUCUUUAAACUUUCCUGGAAGGAGCGGAGUCGGGGUGACUCGCCAGUCGGAGCUCGGAGCCUCUCCGCACGGAAAUGCUUCGGCGCUGUCGACUCUUCCGCCGAUUUGGGAAUACAACGCGGAAUGCUGGACUUUAAAAAAAAAAAAACGGGGGAUUUUCCGACGACCCUCCGAGCCAAAUUGAUCGCGCCGUAGCACAGAUAAAGGAGAGAGCGUUCGGCGCAGAAUUCCGUUUCCCGAGUUGGAUUAUGGCUCUCGAAUCGCGUUUCCCCCAGUAGCUGAAAUCCGCCCGCUCUUCGCUGCUCGAAUCUAACCCUUCCCAGGCUUGAGAUGAAAAGGUUACGGGUUGAAAAAGGGAGUAUGCUGCAGACUUGCCCCGUGUUGAAAAUGAUUUUCUUGACUUCGUUUUGGAGAGCUGCAGAGAGCCGGGGGGCGUCUGAUGCCCAGCCGCGGUUCAAUUCCCUCUCGACCUACCUGCCCGUGUCCUUCCAGAUCCAGAACGCCGUGUCCUCCUUCUUCCUGAAGGAGGCCGGCCAGGAGGUGAUGAGGAACUCCAGCCUGCAGGCCCGGACCGAGCCCUUCUUCAUCCACAUGGCAGAGGGGAUCCCCUCCGUCAACUGCAGCUACGGCAACCUCUCCGCGGAGGCCACCGUCCCCCUGGAGCUGCUGCAGUCCAUGCCGCGACUCCUCUCCAGCCCCUCCCAGGCGACCGUGAACUGGAAGAUCAGGGCGCACAUCGUCAACGACAGGGUGCACCUCCAGCGGCCCCGGGUGCAGACCUUGUUCUACCUGGCCGGCCGAAGUUGGGAUGAGGCCUCCCCGCCUGAAAAUUUGCCUUGUAUCAAAGUGUUCGCCUUUCAGGAGACGCAGGAAGUCAUGGCUGGCUGUAGGCUGGAGGGCAACCUAGGGAUCUGCGUGGCAGAGCUGGAGCUCCUCCCCCUCUGGUUCCACCCGAGCUCAGGGGUCCAGGGACGGAAGAAGGCCUCUGAGCAGGGGGAAGUCACCAGUGUGGAGCUGUAUUACACGGUGCAGCCACUAGAGGGCGGCAGAGAGUGCAGCACGAAGGAUCCCCGCAAGGGGAACAACGCCAUUCGUCAGGGACAGGAUGAGGCCACUCCCUCCCUGCAGCGGAUUGGCUCCGUCUACCUUACCCACUCCCAGGAGGAGGACCCCGAGGUGACGAGGCUCAGGCUGGAUGACAACAUUGAGAUCUGGCUGCCGUCCAGUCCAGUGAAACAGGGGCAGGUCAUCACCUUUCGUAUUCACAUGGGCACCAGCGCUACAGUGGAUCAGUUCACACUGAGAGCUCUGUUUAAUGAAGGGGUGAAUUUUCUGGCCGUCAAACCCAGUGACCCAGCUGCGUGGGACAUAAAACAGGAAGUAGGGCCUGGAAGUUCAGCAGUGACAGCUUCCUGUCACAGGAAGUCCACUUCUGCAGGAAACAGAGUGGAUAGUGCCUCCUACGAGGUACUGCAGGUGGAUUUCGAAAUCGAUAACUUUAUCAGCUUGCGGUCCACGCAGACGGUCACCUGGCAGGUGGAGUAUCCCGGCAACAGCAUCGUGCCUGUGGAGGCAGCUUCCCACGUCUAUGUCAGUCAGAGAGAGCUGACAGGGAUCGUCCCCCUGGCCGAGGACACCGAAGUUCUGAACACGGCCAUUCUGACGGGGCGGCUGGUGACCGUGCCGGUCAAGGUGGUGACCGUGGAGAGGGAUGGCACGGUCAGGGAAGUGGAGGACGCCCCUGCCUGCAGGUCCACGGACGAGGAUGUCAUCAAGGUCUCGGAGGCGUGCGACUUCGUCCUGGUGAACGGCAGGGAGAUGAGGGGCCAACAGGGCGUGCGGGUCAACUUCACCUACCUGUACCUGGGCACGCAGCUGGAGCUGACGGUCUGGGUGCCCCGCCUGCCCCUGCAGAUCGAGGUGUCCGACGCCGAGCUCAGUCAGGUCAAGGGCUGGAGAGUCCCCAUCGUCGCCAACAAACGGCCUACACGAGAGAGUGACGACGAGGAGGAUGAUGAGAAGAAGGGCAAGGGCUGCACCCUGCAGUACCAGCACGCCAUGGUCCGGGUCCUGACCCAUUUCGUGGCCGAGCCGGCCGACCCGGGGGGAGAGCUGGUCUACAUGCUGGGCUCCGACUGGCAGGCCGACAUCACGGAGCUGGUGGAGGACUUCUUUAAAGUGGAGGAUCCGCGCAUUGCCAGGCUGCAGGAUGGCAGGGUACUGAUAGGGAAGGACCUGGGCAUCACCACCAUCCAGGUGCUGUCCCCACUGUCUGACUCCAUCCUGGCGGAGAAGACAGUGACGGUGCUGGACGACAAGGUGACCAUCACAGAUCUGGGGGUACAGCUGGUGGCUGGGCUGACCCUUGCCCUGCAGCCCAGUCCUGGCAGCAGCUGGGCCAUCAUGGCCAUCGCCACUGGCCAGGAGCUCCUGCACUCCUCCAAGCAGGUGAUGCACUCACCGUUGGUGGCGCUCUUCCCUCUGGACAAGAGCUUCCAAACCAGCACCCCAUUAUGGCCUACACGAGAGAGUGACGACGAGGAGGAUGAUGAGAAGAAGGGCAAGGGCUGCACCCUGCAGUACCAGCACGCCAUGGUCCGGGUCCUGACCCAUUUCGUGGCCGAGCCGGCCGACCCGGGGGGAGAGCUGGUCUACAUGCUGGGCUCCGACUGGCAGGCCGACAUCACGGAGCUGGUGGAGGACUUCUUUAAAGUGGAGGAUCCGCGCAUUGCCAGGCUGCAGGAUGGCAGGGUACUGAUAGGGAAGGACCUGGGCAUCACCACCAUCCAGGGGGCCCCGGGUGGGGGCGAGGGCGGCGGCGAUCCCGAGAGCGGCACCGGCGACCGGCGGCAGAAAGGCUCCGAGCAGGACAAGGCCGGGCCGGAUGGCUGGAAGCACAACAGCGCCUCCUCCGACCGGGAGGAAGGGGCCAUGAGGAAAGUCAGCACCACCACCAAGACGACCAUCACCAACCUGGUGGCCGGGAGUAAGCCAGUGGACGACGAGGGGCCGGUCAAGAACAUCGACUUGACCGGCUUCCCCGCCCAGGUGGACCUGCCCAGCGGAGGCGACUCGGAGGGCGACCUGUCCCAGACGGCCCGGGGCCUCUCCGACCUGGAGAUCGGGAUGUACGCCCUGCUGGGCGUCUUCUGCCUGGCCAUCCUGGUCUUUCUCAUCAACUGCGUGACCUUCGCCCUGAAGUACCGGCACAAGCAGGUGCCGGCGCUGGAGCAGGGCAGCCUGAACCACGCCCACGACUGGGUGUGGCUGGGGAACGACGCCGAGCUGCUGGAGCACCACGGCGACACCUCCCCGCAGCAGGACGAGUGCACCACCAUCAUCGACCGGGGGGAGGAGAGCAAGUACCUGCUCAACGGGGGCUGCCAGAAGAACAUCCAGGGCCAGGUCCACCGGGCGGCCGAGCCGGGGCCCUGCAACGGCAAGGAGCUCAAGAGCGAGCCCCCGAACUCGCCCACCUCCAAGCGGAAGAGGGUGAAAUUCACCUCCUUCGCCACCGUCCUGCCAGACGACGGCGGCCCGUACACCAACUCCAUCCUGAUAGGCAACGAGGACGACAUCAAGUGGGUCUGCCAGGACAUGGACCUCGGGCACUCGACAGAAAUCAGAACGUACAUGGAGAGGCUACAAGACAAUCUGUGAGCGCGACAGGGACGCGGACAUAACUCACCGACAUGCCUUCGGUCACGAGGAAGGAGAGCGAGAGAAGGGGUGGGUGGG